AUGUAUAAGGCAAAGCGUGUAUGUGUGAUUGGUGCAGGACCCAGUGGAAUGUCCGCUUUAUAUCAAUUCAAGCAAUUGGAAAUGAAGGGACAGGAAAUUCCAGAGAUUGUGUGCUUUGAAAAACAGUCUGAUUGGGGUGGUCUCUGGAACUAUUCAUGGCGAACAGGUAGGAGAUUAUUUUGCUGGACUUGCAUAAAUCUCAGGGGCGGAUCCAGGAUUUUUUUAGGAGGGGGUGCCCUCGUCUCUUGCUCUACUCCAACACCAAUAAACCACAUAGUUUUUUUUUUUUCAGAAUACCAGUUGUAUUAGAAAACCGUAGGUCAUCUCAGAGGGGGGGUACGCACCCCCUGCACCCUCCCCCUAGAUCCGCCCCUGAAUGUCGAGAAUUCUCCCGACCCCUCUCGUGUUUAUAUCAGGCUAAGCAAAUACAGGAAAAAAGUUUUCUAUUGCUUUAACUUAAAUUAACUUUCCCGCGAAAAAACGCAAAACGCUUAGUUAUGGCAUUGAUUAAAAGAGAAAUUGUUACCGGCCGCGAAGACUUGUUCACGAAGUCUUGCACGCGUAAUCUUGUUCUGCAAAGAAAAAAGGCUUUCCAAUCAAAGCGCGUACUAUCUUAAUUAUUUUUAUAAAGUUUAUUAUUCUCAUCGUAAAAGACUAAGUAAGUUACAGGGAACACGAAGAAGAUGGGACUGAGGGGUGUGGCCCACCAUUUUAUUUUCGUUCACCAGGCCUCCGUUCUUCAAAAGGUGGAGAGCGCUACCCACCACUAUCCAACGGACAAGUGUUAGGGAAACCAAUUGCGUUAUGCAGUGGAUAGUGAUUUACUCGAUGGAUUGCAUUAUCCAUCUUUUGAACAACUGGGGCCAGAUAAAUCUCUAUCCAGCUGAUAGUGCAAUUAGUUUCCCCAAUACUUGUCCGCUGGAUAGCGCUAUCCAACGUUUGAGUGACCGGGGCCAGAUUCAAUACUCACGGAAAUUACUUCAUACUUCAUACUUCAUUACUUUACUCUGUUGAUUUAAAAUUGCGAAGUCUUUAAUUUGCUUGUUGUGAUCCAAAGUUGUUUUUUGGGUGUAUUUUUAGAACUAAGGCGGGGGAUGAGGGAAGAGAAUGAAAGUGUGGUAUUGAUGAAGAGAACGGCAUUAGAAUUAUGAUGGCGGUAGAUAGAAAACAGUAGAAAUGUAGGGGUGGUGAUGGUGGUGGUGGAGGGAAAACCAAUUUAAUGUAAUUGUGAUAGAUGGAAAACAAUAAAAUGUAGGGGUUUUAUUAAUGCCGGUGGACAGGAGAUAAAUGAAAUGCGAUGGUGGUGGGAGGAGGGCAAUAGAAAUGUACUGGAGAGGAGAAACUAUUAAGUGGUUGUUGGGUGAACAAGAAUGAUUAACCGGUAAGUAAGUAAGACCAGGUCAGGGGCGGAUCUAGGGGGAGGAUGCAGGGAGUGCCCCCCACACCACCCUGAGAUGACCUGCGGUUUCCUAUUAUAAACAAUUAUUGGAUGAGGUUUUGUGAUAUUCGGAAUAAUCAAGGUCGAGGUAAGAGUUAUCAGCCGAGCCGAAGGCCGAGGCUGAUAACACUUACCUAGACUUUGAUUAUUCUGGAUAUCACAAAAACCAAAUCUAAUAAUUGUUUUAAUUAUUAUACACUGUUUUGAAGAAAUAACGGCAAACACGUCGUCGCAAAGAACCUGAAUUGAUAUUGUUAUUGGAAAUCAGGCAUUGCGCGUGCAACCUACAGAUUAGUCAGUUAUGGCUAGCAUGCAGGUCUCAGUUGUUCAAAAGUUGGAUAGCACUAUCCAGCGGAUAAAUCACUAUCCAGCGAAUAAGUACUAGGGAAACCAAUUGUGUUAUCCAGUGGAUAGAUUUUUAUCCGGUGGAUAGUGCUAUCCAACGUUCGAACAACUGGGGCCAGAUGACUAACUAAUCUGUUACUCUGCAAAAAAAAUCUUUGUGGUUUAUUGGUGUUGAAGUAAAACAUGAGACUAGGCUGAAGAAUUUGUGUUAAAUGCCGUAGUUUGGCACAAGAGUCUGCUGUAUCGUUUGAUAUGUAAUCUCAGCAGUUCCUAUUAUGUUAUUUCCUGGUCAAAAGCCUUCUUCUUCGUAUUCGCUUUUAAAAUUUGUUUACGUCAGCAGUCAGUUGUACCAUUCCUUUGUGGUGCACCCACUCCUAAGAAAAAUCCUGGAUCCGCCCUGUAGAUUCAAUGCAAAUCUAUCAUGUUUGUUUGUUGAAUGUGAUGGUAGUGGUAUCUGUGAAUGGCAGGCAAGAGAAAUAUGGUGAUGGUGCACUCUUCAUGAAGUAGUUGAGUUGAUAGAUGACCUGAGCACGUAGAACGUAGAACAAAAGAUGUAUCUGCUUUGUUCACAGAUACCGAUGAAUACGGAGAACCUAUACAUGGAAGUAUGUACCAGGGUCUGUGGACAAAUGGUCCAAAGGAAUGUUAUGAAUUUCCAGACUAUACAUUUGAAGAUCAUUUUGGAAAACCUAUUCCAUCGUAUCCACCAAGGGAGGUCUUUCGUGAUUAUCUGACAGUUAAGUAUUUUUGA